GUCACCAUUUUCAUAUUUUGUUACUUCAAAACCUUGUUGUAUACUCAGAACGUACUCAGAACCGCAAACGGAGCGGAGCUAUAAAAGCCUGUUGAGUGUAGGCUAUAAUACCAUCAGAUUAUGUGGAAAGCGAAGUCGGGCCACUACUGUGCCUCAGAUAAAAGAGACGACGAAGGAGGCGCCCUACCCAACACUUUAACAAGAGGGGAAAACAAGAAAUUUGAACAGUGGUGAACGAGCAGACGGUGACCGCUGGUUAUGGAGAGAAAUUCCUCAUUUCUGCCCUUAGAAUGUCCGUUCGUUUAACCCAUCACUGUAUUCUUUUGGAGAGGAAGAGCUGACAUGGGAGGCACGCCGCACUUCUCACGCGUCUGGAUUGAUGGUGAACUGCGAAACUUCACAGUGGAUGAAAAACAUCUCGGCGUUGACGUGAUACACUGUAACAAAGACUCCCAGUGGAGUGGGGUGUGCACUGGACCAGCCUAGGGCAAUGAGGAGUCAAAAGUCCAGCGAUAGGAAAUCACCUUCCCGUCAGCGCCUGCCACGUUUUAGUCUUCAUUCCAGGAGGAAGAAGGAAGGUGUUAUACAGGGAAAGCUACGUAUUCGCUCCAUGCCUGGUGCCUUUCUGGUGCUUGGGGUAGUGGUUGUUAUUGUUGGCACUGCACUUGCCGUGGCAGGCUACUGGCCAUACCGUGCACACCGCGCAACACUGGACAAUGUAGAGGAAGGGUCCUCCGGCACUUCAGGAUGGGGAUUAGGGUCCAAGGGCCUUUUAUCUGCAGCAAGUCUGGUUCACAGUGAAAGGAUGAAAUUACUGGGUCCUGUCAUUAUGGGAGUGGGACUCUUUAUACUUAUUUGUGCCAACACGGUCCUCUAUGAGAAUCGUGAUAGGGAAACUCGAAUGCUUCUGGCUCAGAUGAGGAGUGUAAUCUGCUCGGUUUCUGCAGCUGUUCCUUCAGCAGACCUCUUACAGGUGAACUCUCUUGCCAGGCACUACCAAUGGGUCAGCAGUUUACCUGCAGCCCACCUGAACAUUCUCUGCUUGCAGGAAUUGUCCAGCUCAGAGCCGCUCCUCCAAGUGAAGAGCAUAGAAGAGGAGGAGAGCGUACAGCAGCGGGAAACCAUGCACACUGAGGUCCUUCAUCAUCAGGACUCUUCGUCCACCUCCUCCAUCAAUUCAUCCAAAUCCUGCAACAUUAGCAAAGUAAUUUUUUGUGAUGAGGAGCAAGGGACCACCCCUGGGCUUGAUUUGCGGCUAGAAAGUCACUUUGGACUCAGCAACUGUGUUACCAUGUCCUCCAUGUCGAUACUAGGUAGGGAGGACUGUGAAAGCUUCUCCAUCCAGAACAGAAGGUCCUACAGCAUGAGCCACAGGACUAGACCACAAAUACUUCCCAGUAAUGUGAUGCAUACAGAGGACAAGCCAAUGAUCUCUAUGGGUCACCACAGUCUGCUUCCAAGACAAUCCAGCUCGGAGGUGUGCGUGAGUAUGGUUGGGUUUGACCUUCAACCUAUGGAAGAACAGAGGCACCGCAGCUGGCCUCGGCUAGAUCUUAGAAAUGUCAGGAGAUACCUAAAGCUUGAGAACAAGGAAGACUCUGUGGACAAAUUACUGGACCAGCUUGAGCAACAAUGCUUACAGCUGGACAAAAGCUAUGGCUCGGGUCCUUUCCAGUGAGGCAAGGGUAAACGAUUUCUUCAGGGUUAAUGGACUGGUAAAUAUCAUGGUCAUACAGAUGAGCCUUACUAAAAGGUGAUGAACACCUGGAAUAACCAAAACCAGAAAUGGGCACAAGUUUCUGGUGGAUGUUUUAGCACAGCUUCGGCAAACCCUUUAAGCUGACCGAUCUCCAAGAACAAACCAGUUCUCUCACUUGACUAGUUUUUCCUUAACUGGUGUGUUUUGAGAUCUGUGGAGUAUGGAAAAUCACCUGAAAGGUAAUUAACUUGGUCCAUGCUGCUCUUAAUGGCAUGGAAAUCUGAAUACACCUCAAGGCAUUAGCUGGGGUGGAGGUCUUUUUAAGACAUGGUAACAUGCUAAACAGCUUAAACUGCAUGAAUUCUAUAUCCUGUGAAAAUGGGCAACAGGUGAAAUCAGUUUGUUAUUGUUUCUAAAGCACUACUUGUUUUCCACGACACAGUAAGCAGUAUUUUUGAAGCAUCACAAAUAGAGUAUACGAGGUAAAAUACAUCAUCGAUAAGUAAAUUCAAAGCAAGACUUCUGAAGUUAAGUUAGCCAGAAGCAUGAUCCCAGUGUUGAUAAUUACUAGAGGUUUACUUUGAAUUAUAAUUAGAUUUGUGCAAAUGGAGAAUUCUGGUAAUUUGACCAAAAUAAAUCGAUUCUUCCAUUUAAUUUAUUUGGUUCUUCCUUAGCACAGAGCAUCUCUAUCCACACAUUCUGUUCCAUCUCUGCCUUAUGGCAAUAAAACAGAAGAAUUAAUGAUGAAGGCACAGUGUUGUGUGCUUCAUUUAUGAAGGUGUUUAGUUUUUGCAUGCACUAAUGCGGGUACAUACUGUAAUUGCUUACCCUUUAACAAGCGGAGCUGAACCCAGCUCCUCCUCUUUGCAGUGAGAAUGUGUAAAUUCAAUCUGUUUUCAAAACUGUUUAAGGAAGUCAACUUUGUCUAUUUUGUCUGUGUAGCCUGUUUUGUACACAGUGUUGUAUGCCAUGUGUUAAUGUACUGAGCAAUAUCCACAAUCUGACUGACCGAUCAGUUAUUGUGUCAGACCCUUUACAUAUUUGAACUGAAUUUACAUGCCUGUGUUGCAAAUAAAAGUCAAAUCAAAACUU